GGAGAAGGCUUGGUAUUCGCAGAUGCUGAAAUGAAUCGUCACCUGUUUGUUUGGCUUUUUAGACAUCCGUGUCUUAAUAAUGGUCACCACCAGUGCCAUGUCCAUCUCCAUUCUCAUCAACUUACACAGAUACCUCUUGACACAAGGCUGUGGGUUUUUAGACAAAACAGGAAUCACAUUCUCCAUUGUCUGUUAAGUGAGAAUUGGUCCAGGAGAUAUUGUCAUCAAGAUACCAGGAUGCUCUGGAAGCAUAAAGCACUACAGAAAUAUAUGGAGGACCUGAGUAAGGAGUACCGAACACUUGAUCAUUGUUUGCAGCAUACCUCUGUGAGUGAAAGGGACCGGAGGUCCUUGAAUCAACGGCAUGCUGAGCUGGCACCGCUUGCAGUCAUUUACAAAGAAAUUCAGGAGGCUGAACAAGCCAUUGAAGAAUUAGAAUCAAUGUGUAAAAGUCUAAAUAAUCAAGAUGAAAAGCAGUUACAAGAACUUGCUUUGGAAGAGAGGCAAACCAUUCUUCAGAAAAUCAACAUGUUAUACAGUGAGCUUCUCCAGAGUCUAGUGCCAAAGGAGAAAUAUGACAAAAAUGAUGUUAUUUUAGAGGUGACAUCUGGAAGAACUACUGGAGGUGAUAUCUGCCAACAGUUUACCCGGGAAAUAUUUGAUAUGUAUCAGAAUUAUUCAAGCUACAAACACUGGAAAUUUGAACUUCUGAAUUAUACACCAGCUGAUUAUGGUGGGCUACAUCAUGCAGCCGCCCGAAUUUCCGGUGACAAUGUCUAUAAGCAUUUGAAGUAUGAAGGUGGGAUUCACCGAGUUCAGCGAAUUCCUGAGGUGGGCCUGUCGUCAAGGAUGCAGCGUAUUCACACGGGAACGAUGUCGGUUAUUGUCCUCCCUCAACCAGAUGAGGUAGAUGUGAAAGUGGACCCCAAGGAUUUACGAAUAGACACAUUUCGAGCCAAAGGAGCAGGAGGGCAGCAUGUUAAUACAACUGAUAGCGCUGUCAGACUUGUCCAUGUUCCCACAGGACUUGUAGUAGAAUGCCAACAAGAACGAUCACAGAUAAAAAAUAAAGAAAUAGCUUUGCGUGUGUUGAGAGCUAGACUCUACCAGCAGAUUAUUGAGAAAGACAAGUAUCAACAACAGAGUGUGAGAAAACUGCAGGUGGGAACAAGAGCCCAGUCAGAGAGAAUUCGGACAUAUAAUUUCACCCAGGAUAGAGUCACUGACCACAGGAUAGCAUAUGAAGUUCGUAAUAUUAAGGAAUUUUUAUGUGGGGAGAAGUGCCUGGAUCAGCUAAUUCAGAGAUUGCUUCAAUCGGCGGAUGAAGAAACCAUUAAUGAAUUUUUGCAUGAAAACCUUAAAUCAGCAAAAUAAAUACUGAUUUAUAAUUUAUUAUUAUAUAAAUGAAAUGGACCUAUGUCAAGAAGCAGACCGAGGUAGGGAAAUCCUUAUGAAAGUUCAUAAAGAGCAGCUAAAAAUACAUGGUACUCACAAAAAUAUAUUUU